GAUGUAAUUUCUCAGUCACCCUCCAUUAAAGCUUUUUGAGUCAAAGCUUUGAGUCAAAAUGAAAUAGUUGCUUUUGUGGAUGAAAAACUUGACAGGGGUGAAGACAUCUCUUCAUCCCUCUUGGCAAUAAUUGAUAAAUCAUAUAUCUCAGUGGUCAUUUUCUCGGAAAAUUAUGCAUAUUCUCCCUGGUGUUUGGAUGAGCUUUUGAAGAUACUUGAGUGCAACAAAACAAUGGAGCAGAUGGUCUUACCAGUUUUUUACCGAGUAGAUCCAAGCCAUGUUCAAAAUCUGACGGGGAAAUUUGGGGAUGCCAUAGCUAAGCAUAGAGAAGAACCGGAGUAUUUGCACAAGGUUGAUAGUUGGUGCCAAGCUCUUAGAGAAAUUUCAGAAAUGUCAGGAUUGGUUUCACAAAACAUUAAGUCUGACUCCAAGUUAAUUGAGGAAAUUGUCAUCUAUACUUUGAAGAAACUAAAUAUUGUGUAUCCAAGUGGUGCUUAUGAUGAUGGGUUAGUUGGAAUUGAUUCACGAGUCAAGAUUGUCGAGUCAUUGUUAUGCCUUGGGUCGCCAGAUGUACGAGUUGUAGGAAUUUGGGGGAUGGGCGGUAUCGGCAAAACAACCAUUGCUAGACAAGUGUUUGAUAGAAGAGGAGAUAAACAUCGCGUUGAAAGUCUAUUGGAUGUCCCUGGUUCAAAAUUUGGAAUAAGUCGUCUCGUUGAUAGAUCUCUCAUCACCAUCACAAUGAAUCAGUUACACAUGCAUGACUUGCUACAGCAAAUGGGCAAGGAUAUUGUUCGCGAGGAAAAACAAUUUGGAAAGCGUGGGUGGCUGUGGGAUCCCAAGGAUAUAUAUUACCUGUUCACAAGCGCUGAGAACAUUUUUUACCCUGGGAAUGAGCUGCCACAAAGGAUGAUGUAUCAAAAUAACUGUGGAUAUUCUCCGACUUUGUCUUCAUCAUCCAAACAACACGAGAGGGUGCAAUUUGGUCUCUGCGUUGUUAUAGAUCCAAAGUUUUUGGACCCUGUUUGGCAUGUUGUAUCAAGAAUUGGUUACACAGUCUAUAUUUUCACGAACGAGACUGUGAAAGAACUAGGUUAUCUCGAGGAUUAUGAAUUUUUAUGGCCACUGUCAAGCGAUGAUUUCGUCCUUUAUUCAGAACAUGUUCUCAUUGUCCUUGAUGAUGUGAAUGAUGAACGCCAAAUAACGCAGCUAAUUGGACAGUGUAAUUGGUACGGUGCAGGAAGUAGAAUUAUUCUAACAAGCAGAGAAAGGCAGUUGCUUAGAAGUGCAUGUCGAGGAGAAUUUAUAAAUGAGGUUAAAAAUUUAACUGAUGAUGAAGCUCUUCAACUCUUCAGCCAAGAUGCCUUUAAACAAAAUCAUCCCAUGGAUGGGUUUAUGAAGCCAUCAAAAAGAGCAACAGAAUAUGCUUGGCGCCAUCCAUUAGCUCUUAGGGUUUUAGGCUCUUGUUUAUAUAACAGAAGUCCAAUAGAAUGGGAAACAAUUUUAAAUAAACUGCAAUAUUAUUUCCAGUGACAUCAAUCCAAUCCUGAGAAUCAGUUAUGAUGGGCUAGAUCUGAAUGAGAAGAAAAUUUUUCUGGAUAUUGCUUGCUUUUUUAAAGGAAAGUGUAGAGAUCGUGUAGAAAAUAUAUUAAAUGGUUGUGGUUUUAAUGCAUCAGUUGGGAUAUCCAUUCUCCA